AUGGGUCCACAAAAAACUAUUGAAGCUUAUAUUCACAACUUUACCAGACUUAUUGUGAGCUUACCAAUGAUUGUUAGGGAAUGGAAACUGAGUGGAUGCGGCCGCCGCAACUUCUGCUUUGGUCAGGCUGAUCUCCUCCACAAUAAAGAUAAUCAUUGCGAAACUGUAGUUGGGCUGCGAGCACAAAUGCCCAGAGUAUCACCUUUCGAAGUGAAGCAAUGCCCACCAGGAAUAUUCGCCAUGGAAGAAGUCAAGGAGGAAAGGAGGUAG